AUGACAGUAUGUAAUGCCGAGCUAAGGGCUUUAAGAUGCAUAAAUUCAUUCUUGGAAAUUUUUGGUACAAACAUAAAUGAUUUUGGUCUGGUAGAUUUUGACGUUAUUAUGAACGAUACUAAUGUGAGGUAUUGGAAAAACUAUUAUGUACAAGGCAUUACUUGUUGCAGUACGAUCUCGACAACUUAUUGCAUUAGCAACAACACAUUGGGAGAAGCUGCUUCUUUAUUGUCGGCUAAGCGAACUAGUCAUUUACGUUUUACAAUCCCACUUCAAACAAGUUCUGAUAUGCAAUGUUCAGUAAGUAAACAAUCAUCACUUGGUCAACUUUUACAGAUGAAAAAGCUAAUUAUGUGGGAUGAAGCACCAAUGAUUAAUAGAUGUGCUUUUGAAACUUUGGAUAACAUGUUAAAAGAUAUUACUGAAUGUGAAUUGUCAUUUGGCGGAAAUGUUGUUGUGUUCGGAGGAAAUUUUCGACAAGUGUUACCAGUAGUAAAAAGAGGAACAAAAGAUGAUAUCAUGAAGGCUAGUUUAGUUUUUUCAGAAUUAUGGCAAUAUUUUACACAACUACCGUUGACCGAGAAUAUGAGAGCUAAAUUAGAUCAUUUGUUCUAUGAAUAUUUACUUAGAAUUGGAAAUGGAAUUGAAAGAGAACAUACAUGUCACAUGAUUAAACUUCCUUCAUAUAUAAUAAUAGAUUUUGAGAGUGAAUUUGAAUCAUUGAAAAAAUUAAUUGCUAUUGUGUUUCCUGAUUUUCACACAUAUGGUAACAAUUUGAAUACUAUGAUGAAUAGAGUUAUUUUGACUUCAAAAAAUGAACAUGUAGAUGUAAUAAACAAUAUGUUAGUCAAAGAAAUUCCAAGAGAGAUAUUUACGUAUUUUAGUUUUGAUGAAGUAAUUGAUAAAACAGAAGGAUUUAUUCGUGAGGACUUUUUGAAUAGUCUAACUCCAAAUGACAUCCCUCCACGUGAACUUGUACUAAAAAGAAAUUGUCCUGUUAUGUUUCUUAGAAACAUUAAUCUUUCAGAAGGAGAUAAGCAUUCGGUACCAUUUAAGAGAACUCAAUUUCCCAUUCGUCCUUGUUUUGCAAUGACCAUUAACAAAGAUCAAGGUCAAACUUUAGAUUUUGUUGGACUAUAUUUGCCUGAACCUGCCUUCUCACAUGGUCAGUUAUAUGUCACUUUAUCUAGAGCAAGAACAAGGGAAAACAUAAAAGUUCUAAUAAAGCUAAUGGAUGAAAAAAAUCACACAAUUGUUGCACAAAAAAUCCUAAAAGAGGAUAUUUUCUCUGCUAAUCCAUUUUGUGUCAAGGAGAAUAACAUUCAGCUAUACAAAGUUAGUUAA